AUGUUAUUAGCAACAUAUCCUACACCCACAUCACCGUCCCUAUCCUUCUCUAAACUCGGACCGCGGAUAUCUCUCUAUACCCCACCAUCACACACCACUGGCGAACUCAUCAUCCUAUGCACAUGGCUCGGCGCCGCCCGAAAGCAUAUCGACAAAUACAUUGCAGCCUACCUUACCAUCGCCCCCAAUGCCAAAAUCCUACUCAUCCAAAGCGACGUAACAUCAGUCACAAGCUCCUACCCAGGACAACACAAAGCCAUCAUACCAGCCGUCGAAGUCGUGCGCUCUGUACUGAGUGACUGCACUUCCACAGCACCUACCAACGUCCCUUCAUCUCCAACAGCAAACACCACCAAAACGCAGCCAACCCCCAAGAUCCUCAUCCACACCUUCUCGAAUGGCGGACCCAUCUCUGCAACAGCCCUCCUCCUCGCCCUUCAUACCCAGACCUCCACACCCUUACCCAUCACCGGUAUCAUCAUGGACUCCGGACCCGCAGCGGGAUACUACUGGAAAUCCUACAACGCCAUGAUUCUCUCCCUGCCUCCAGGCCCCAUCCGCUCCGCGGGCUACGUUUUCGUCCACGGUAUCCUGAUCAUCUUGCGGGCGAGUGUGGCGUUGGGACGGUACGAGCACCCUGAGGUACUGGUUCGUCGGACGCUGUUGGAUGAGGAGUUCGUUUCUGGGGCGGAGAAGGGGAAGAAGAGGAGGCUGAUCGGAUGA